AUGGCCUCACCUAUUACAAUCAUAUGUUUUGAUUACGGAGGAAGUUACAUCAAAGAUGGGGGUGAGAGAAGAUGGAUCUCGGGAGAAGAUGAAAUCCACACUCUAGUGAUGAAGACAGCUGUGGAAGAGAUUAUGUAUUCUGAAUUGGUUGAAAGUAUAUGCAGAAAGAUUAAGGCAAAUGGAGAUGGGAUGGUGAAGAUUAGUUACUUUCCAAUGGUAUUGUAUUCGAACAAGCCAUCAUAUAUUUGGUGUGAUGAAGACGUUUUGGGUUAUCUCAUGCAAGUAAAUCAUGAUAAAUGUAGAAGUGUUUUACAUGUGGAGAUCAGCAGCGACAUGGAUGAUACAUAUGGUGGUAUGUCACUUUUAGGAGAUGAUGAUGAGACUGAUGAUAGCUAUGUUGGUCUUUCUGAUGGGACCGAGGAAGAUGACACUGAGCAAGAUGGAACUGAUCAGGAUCAUGAGAUGGAUGGUGUGGUCGCGCUUUACACACCCGAACAACAUGAAGACAUUGAGAUGCAUGAGAAUUUAGAGCAUGGGUAUGAAGGAACAGAAGUAAGAGUGGAAGAAGAAGCUGGAGGAGCGGAAGUUGAAGCUGCAAGAGCCGGAGUUGCAGCUGCAAGAGGAGGAGUUGAAGCCACAGCUGCAGUAGAAGAAGAAUGGGAUGAUGGUCUCGAUUUGGUUAAGGGUCAAGAAUUCAGAACUAAGGUAGCCAUGCAAGUUCUAGUUCAGAGGGGUGCACAUAAGAAUGGUUUUGAGUAUGAAACAUUGAAGUCCGAUACUGUGAGAUUUGUGGCAAAAUGUCGAGGAGCCAAAGAAGGUUGCAAGUGGUAUUUGCGUGUAGUAAAGCUUAAGAAUUCAGAUCUUUGGACGGUUAGAACUUACAACAAGUCUCAUACAUGCUCAGUAGUAACUACAAGUACCCUUAGAAACAGAAGGAGAGGCACACCACAUGUUGUCGCAUCUGUUUUGAGUGAAGAAUAUCCCGGUAGAUAUGACACACCAACACCAGCUGAUCUGAUCAGUAUGGUUACCCACAAGGUUGGUGUUGAUGUGUCGUAUGCCACAGCAUGGAGAGAAAAAAGGAUGGCUGCUAAUGAAGUCCGAGGUACUCCGGAAGAGAGUUUUUAUAUGAUACACUCCUACAUGUACAUGCUUAAGUUGAAGAAUCGUGACUCAGUAAGUUAUGUUGAAGUGGAUGCGGCGAAAAGAUUUAAGUAUCUAUUUUUCGCAUUUGGAGCUUCCAUAGAAGGAUUCGCAGCGAUGAGGAAAGUUAUCAUUGUGGAUGGAACACAUCUUAAGCAUGUUUAUGGUGGAGUUCUGCUUGUUGCGACGGCUCAAGAUCCGGAUCGUCACCACUACCCUAUCGCAUUUGGUGUAGUUGAUGGUGAGAAAGACGAAAGCUGGAUGUGGUUUAUGAAUAAGUUGAGGUCAGUGAUAGCAGAUGAAGGCGAAUUGGUGUUUCUUUCGGAUAGAAAUGCGAGCUUGAUCAAGUCAAUACGUGAGGUGUUCCCAAUGGCUGCACAUGGGUAUUGUAUCUGGCAUUUGUCUCAAAAUGUCAAAGGACAUGUUUUCAACAAUAGAGACGCUUGCGCAAGCAAGUUUACAGAGUGUGCACAUGCUUAUACAGUGGCUGAGUUUGAUGAUCUCUACGAUGCCUUUUCCAGAAGGUAUCCUUCUACUGCGGCGUAUCUGGAGAAAAGUGUUGAAGUGAGAAAAUGGGCAAGAUGUUACUUUGAAGGAGACAGAUACAAUGUUAACACAACUAAUGCAGCAGAAUCCAUUAAUGGUGUUCUUCGAGAAGCGAGGAAAUUCUUCAUGCUACCGAUGAUUGAUGCUAUCAUCAAGAAAGUGACUGAAUGGUUUAACAAACAUAUGAAGAAGGCAGCUGAAAUACCAGUCACAAAGAAGCUUGUGCCAACAGUGGAAAAGGAGUUGUCAAAAAGAUGUUUGGAAGCGAGGUGUUUAGAUGUUGUAGAGAUAAACAGCUUCCACCUUGAGUACAAUGUCGAUGGUAGUGACGGAAAGAUUUAUACGGUUGAUUUGGGAAGAAAAAUGUGCACCUGCAGGUGUUUUGAUCUAGACAAAAUCUCAUGUGUUCAUGCUGCUGCUGCUGCCAAGUUCUUGAGCGUAGGAAGAGAUCUUCAUCUACAAGAGUUUUGUUCAAAAUCCUAUUUGGUGGAGUUGUGGGCAUUGGCAUACUGUAGGACGAUUUAUCCAGUUCCUCAUAUGUCUGAAUAG